UCCAAAAUGGCAUUCACCUGGAUAAUACCGUUAGCCAUCAGUUGCCUUGUUUCAGACAGCCAUGCUGUUGACAGCCUCCGAUUCUUUGUCAUCGGCGACAUGGGAGGUGUGGACUAUGAACCUUACACCACAUACUAUGAGCGGAGCACUGCUGCGGAGAUGGGAAAAGUUGCUGAGGUGUUCGGACCUCAGUAUAUCUUUGAGCUUGGGGACAACUUCUACUAUGAUGGUGUGAAGGGACUCGAUGACAUACGAUUUGAUCGCACCUUUGAAUCCGUGUAUACAGCGAAAUCACUGCAAGUACCCUGGUACUUGGUGGCCGGAAAUCAUGACCACAGGGGAAAUGUCACAGCUCAGAUAUUGUAUUCCAAUGUUUCUGAGAGAUGGAACUACCCAUCUUACUAUUACUACCGUGAGUUCCCCAUCGACUCAAUGGGACACAAAGUAGGCAUUGUGAUGAUGGAUACCAUUCUUCUGUGUGGAAUCACUCAUGAUGACGUUCACGAGCAGCCAACUGGCCCAGCCCACAAAGGCUCUGCAGAGAAACAGUGGGAUUUUAUAAUGCAAACACUGGCCAAUAGCAAAGCUGAUUAUCUGUUCACCGCUGGGCACUAUCCUGUCUUCUCUGUCGCUGAGCAUGGACCUACCAAGUGUUUAGAGGAUCGUCUUCAACCAAUGCUGGAGAAAUACUCUGUGAAUGGGCACAUGUCAGGGCAUGACCAUAAUUUGCAGCAUCUGCAAAUCAAGUCCCCCAAAGGAACCAACCUAGACUACUUUGUGUCUGGAAUGGCAAACUUCAUUGACCCAAGCCGGGCUCACUACGAAGAUGUACCCACUGGCUCUUUGAAGUUCCAUAAUGCAGACUUCAUCACUAAAGGAGGAUUUCUGUAUGCUGAGACAACUGUGCAGAACAUGACUUUGACCUUUGUUGGUGCAAAUGGUAAACAACUCUACAAAACAGUUGUCAGUCCCCGUAAACUUUAAUUCUCCUGAUAAUGUUUUUUUGUGAUUUAACGUGUUUGGCAAUUUUUUUGUCCAGACAUUAAAAAGAGCUUGCUGUGUUGAUUCUGUUUUUAUCUUGCAAAUGAGCAGAUUUUAUUCUAUUGACAUGAUUAUGUGAGAUGUUUCGAGCAACUGGUAUGUUAUACUUUUUGGCUGUGUUGUAAUGUUAAAUUUUCCCUGACUGUCAAAUUUCAUUUUUUACAUAAAACAUCAAAAUAUGUACACAAUGCUCUUGAUUGAUGAGUGCCAUACAACAUGUUUCGAAUCUAUUACUGCUGAGAUUAGUUGCUGGAAAUGCUAAAUGAUUGAUAAGACUCUUUAUGAUUUGGUCCCUUGUUUUGUUGUGAGAUCAAGAUGAAGAUGUGCAGUGUAAUUAUUGUUUAUAUAUUGGUAUUACCGUUACUUCAGUGGUCAAAACACUCGCCUCAUUGAUUGCAGGCCUGUUUAGAUAACUGCACUACCCUGGUAGAGUAAGCAUCUGUGGUGAAAUAGUUAGGUUCUUCAAAGUUUCACCAUAAAGAUGUUAGUUUGAUUCCCUCUCGGAGGAAUUGUAUGGAAUAUUUCCAUUUUUCUGCUGGACUAUGGCAUCCUAUUCGGCCUGGGUUUGCCAUUUACAGGAAUGAUUAAAGCAGCCCACCUCUGAAUUAUCAAAAUUGUGUUGGCAGGGAUGUACAACCUUUAUAUACUUUUCUACUAGCUCUGAAGAUUAUCUUUGAAAAAAAAUUAAUUUUCCAAUACUUGCAUACAUUCCACCAUAUUUCUUAUAUUGUGCCCUACCUUUUAACCACUUCACUUUGAUGGAAAGAGAUGUAAAGGUUGUCAACAGCAAAUGAUGUGAAGUCGAACAUUAAAGCCAGCAUACAUGAUACUCUGUGAUGUGCCAGUAUCACUCAUUUAUCAAAGCUACAUCAAAGUGAGGGCAUUCUUGUGUGGGAUGUAUGAUAUCAAUGGAAUUAAUUUUUUCAUGUAUAAUUAACUGGAAGUUAUCUUUCUUAGUGCUUCAAUAGUUUAAUGUAAAUGAAUUUUCAUUGUUUUUAUAGUUAUAUUUGUGUACUAACUCAAAAGUCAAAACAACUGUUGAAUGAUGUUUGAUUAAUAUUUACAGGUGAGACUUUUUUUUCUAAGUUAUGAGUUUUGUUUCAAAAAAUGUUUUCCCUUUUAAAAGUGUGGAAUACAUGUAGGCCUACAUAUGAUCAUGAUACUGAGAACUAUGGCAAAAUGAAUUGCAUGUAUCAAAUCAAAGAAACAGUUUCUACUUAACUUAGGCUUUACAAUAACAAAAUUGACAAAAGAAAGAAUUUUGCUGCAGACAUUUUGAGACUUCUACCAUCUUAGCAUUUCAGUCGUUAUCCAUUUCUCCAAAGGAGCACUGGGAAGGUUGGAAUGAGCACUUUUUGCCAAGGUAGAUAAUCAUCUGUUUACUCUUUGAAAGUUCUUUGCCACCUCAGAAUUACAAAGUUCUAUCUGUUCAGUACCUAGUUUUGAAAACUUUGACAUUAAAAAAAAUUGGAGUUUCAUAACACGCCUUUUUCAAAUUCCAAUCUUUGAAUAUCUUGAUAAUGACUCUGAAUGAUCUUAUGAUUUUGACAGAGCUAAAGAACAUUUGGAUUCCUCUUUAUCCAAAAUUGUCAGGUAAACCUAUGUAAUUCUAGGUAGCAUGUUGUUGUGAUGAACCACUCAGGAAUCCGUAACAUGACAAUGUACAGGUCAAAGCCUGCUCAAGCCGAUAAGUGCGCGCUGGCUCGCCUGAUUAUCCGGCCUGACCCGAUCCUGCAGACAUUAUACUGUACUUGGCACUUGAAGUAAAGUAUUUUUCUGUGUGAACAAUCAUCAUUGAAACAGGGUAUACCUUUUUUUCAGCAGUGUGACCCUUUUUACCCUCUUUACAUUUGUGUAAAUUUACUUCCUGUUCUCAAGUAUGACAUAGUAUGCAACACAACCUAAUCUAAUGGAAUUUGAUACUUUUCUUGUUGUUCUGUUUUCUACGCAAUAAAUUAUCUUUUUUAAA